AUGUAUAGACAAAUACCUUUAUCUGUUGCGUUCAGUAGUGAAAACCCUGACGUCAAAAUAAAGGGGAACAGAGUAACGUUUAAGUUUCCAACAGACUGGAUUGUGAACAUAAAUGAAGAGAAGUACAUUGGCAUAACAUCUAUGUAUAUAACACGUGCUUUCAGAAAGGUUGACUUUAUACUUCAAGUCGAGAUAGAAAAUGACGAACAGUCUUUAAGCGCCCAAAACAUUCACAUAUACAAAUACUUUAAAGACGAUACAACAUUGUUGCAAUGUAUGAUUUCAUUUAAUGAGAUGUUCGAGAAAAAGUUCAACAUUGAAGUACAAACUUUACAGCCUUUACGUGAGUUUCUUGCACAACUGAAAGAAGAAGG